GCGAUAAGCAAGCACAAGCGAGAGCGCCGCUGACCGUGAGAAAGAGUGAGAGACCAUCGCAUUUUCCAGUUUUCCUCCACGCAACGAGAGGCUGGUGGUGGAAGCUGCGAAAUCGCCGGGAGAGGACUCUGCGGUGCCGGCUGCGGCGAGAGGCUUCAUGGAGAUUCCAAUGGUCUAGCAUUUCCUGUGGAGGAUGUUCAUUUGUAUUUAUCAUUUACUUACAGUAUUGUUCAGGGCAAUGAUGAUAUCGGGAACACUGCAGCCUCUGCAUGUGAGUCAGCUGUAGAUAAACAAUAGAAAUGGGAAGGAAAGGCUCAGAAGUGUCAGCAAAUAAAAGGUAUCCCUUGAGAUCUGCGCAUAGUAGUGGCAGAGUUCUUCGCUCUGCCUCAACCAAGGAUAAUAAGGCAUGUAGUGAGCCUCCAAAUGAUAGUGCUGCAGCCCAAUCAGCUGUGAGAAAAAGAAGAAAUGGCAGUCCGUCAGCCAGUCCCAACAACAGUGUCAGGGUGCUUCACUCUGCGUCAAAAAAUAAGGAUGAUGCAUGUAGCGAGCCUUUAAAUGACCGGACCACUGCUAAGGCAGCUGCAAAUAAAAGAAAAAAUGCCAGUCCCUCCCAGGUGGGAAGUACCACUAACACUGUCAGGGUGCUUCGCUCAGCGUUAAAAAGUAAAGACGAGGUAUGUAGCGAGCCUAUAACUAACAGGACUGCUGGUGAGCCAGCUGCAAAUAACAGAAAAAAUGUCAGUCCCUCGAAGCUGAGAAGUCCCAGUAACAGUGUCAGGGUGCUUCGAUCUGCCUCAAAAUAUAAGGAGGAGACAUAUACUGAGCCUUUAAAUGAUAGUACUGCUGUUGAACCAGCUGCAAAUAGGAGGAAAAUUGCCAGUUCCUCAAAGGUGGGAAGUCCCAAUAACACUGUCAGAGUGCUUCGCUCUGCUUUAAAAAAUAAGAAUGAGGCAUGUAGUGAACCUUUAAAUGAUAGUACUGUUGGCCAACCAACUGUGAAAAGAAGAAAAACUGGUAGUCCCUUGAAGGUGGCAAGCCCGGUUAGCAGUGCCAGGGUGCUUCGCUCUACCUCAGUAAGGAAGAAUGAGGCAUGCAAUGAGCCUUUAAAUGAUAGUACUGCUGCUCAACCUGCUGCAGGGAAAAGAAAAGGUGAGACACUUUUAAACACAGAUAGUCCGAAGGUUGAUGUCAGGGUGCUUCGCUCUGCCUCAGGAAAGAAGAACGAGGCAUGUAGUGAGCCUAUAAAUGAUAGUACCUCUGCCCAUAAAGCUGUGAGAAAAAGGAAAGGUUGCAGACCCUUGAACGAUCGCAGUCCCAAGAAGGAAUAUGUAAAAAUUUGUCAAAGAGUUAGAUAUAUAUUGAAUCGAAUGAACUAUCAACAAAGCUUUAUUCAGGCUUAUGCAAGUGAAGGUUGGAAAGGUCAAAGGUUUGUCAUUCUAAUCAUUAUGUUUCAUAUCACCUACUCAGCUCCAUCUCGUGCAUUUUUCUAUUUGUUUCACUCGAAGUUGAUUUUCCUUUUCAUUUGUAACUUUUAUGCCAUAUGUACUGAAAUUUUUUGUUAGGGUUGUAUGGCAAUAGAACAGAUCUUGAAUCUUGGUUACAUACUGGCUGCAAUGCAUGUACCUUAUUUGUCUAAAAUAUUUACAAAAUAUCUUGCACUGCUCCUCCUCAUUCAUGUUCCACUAUGUAUUUCUAUAACUCUGCCAAUAGUAUAUAAUUAUGUCUUUUCGUCAUGUGCUGUGUUGAUGAUACAUAACCACACAGUUUGGAAAAAAUAAGACCUGAGAAGGAGCUUGAACGAGCCAAGGAAGAAAUCCUACAAUGCAAGUUAAGAAUCCGGGAAGCUUUUCGGAAUAUGGACGCAAUUUUAUCUGAGGGGAAGCUUGAAGAGUCUUUAUUUGAUUCUGCAGGAGAAAUUUUCAGUGAAGAUAUUUUUUGUGCCAUAUGUGGUUCAAAGGAUGUUACUUUACAAAACGACAUCAUUCUUUGUGAUGGAGCCUGCGACAGAGGGUUCCACCAGAACUGUUUGAAGCCUCCUUUGCUAACUGAAGAUAUACCUCCGGGGGACGAAGGAUGGCUGUGCCCUGCAUGCGUGUGCAAAGCAAACUCUAUAGAUGCACUAAAUGAACUCCAAGGAAGCAAACUCUCUAUUCAUGACUCAUGGGAGAAAGUUUUUCCUGAGGCUGCUUCACUAGCAAAUGGUUCUAAACAAGUUGGCUCUUCUGAUCUGCCACCGGAUCGUAUAGAUCACAAUGAUUACAAUCCUGCAUUGGCUGAAGGGCACAUGAAUCAAGACAAGUUUUCUGCAGGGGAUGAUGACAAAGUGGAUGACCUAGGCUUGCCUUCGGAGGAUUCAGAGGAUGAUGACUUUGAUCCAGCAGGUCCAGAUUCUAGCGAAGACCAAAAAAAUGAAUUGAACUCAGAAGAAUCAGAUUUCACAUCCGACUCUGAUUAUUUUUGUGCUGAGAUUGCUAAAUCUUGCGGCCAGGAUGAAGUCUUGGCAUCUCCAUUAUUAGAUGUGAUAAACCAUACUGAUAGAAUGAAAACCAGGGCUGUUGAUACCCACUCAAAUGAAGAAACCUCCAAUCGUACAUUUGCAGACAUGGAGCUUGAUCAAGGCAUGGUGCUACCAAUUUUGAGUAGGCGGCAGGUUCAACGGUUGGAUUACAAAAAACUAUAUGAUGAGGCAUAUGGAAAAGAAUCAUCUGGAUCAAGUGAUGAUGAAGAGUGGUCUGGGAAAGAACUAUUAGAAAGCAGCGGAACAGAUUCACAUGGUGAGCAACUUCAUCCUGAGAAACGAUGCUCUAGAAGAGCACCAGCUCGGCAACAGAAUAAUGAACAUACCCCACAGAGGGAGCGGCUUCAUGGUUCUGAAAGUGUGCAGCAAACUGAAGUUCUUCGCUCCAAUGGCAGCAGUAGCACAGGACGGAAGUUUGGUCCUAUAGUUACCCAGAAAUUGAAGGUGCAUUUUGAUGAAGAUCCAUAUCCUAGUCGCGCAACUAAAGAAAAUCUGGCACAAGAACUAGGAUUGACAUUCAAUCAGGUCUGCAGAUGGUUCUCUAGUACUCGUCAUUAUUCAAGGGUUGCUUCUGCCAAAAAAGAAAAACAUCUGGACAACCAUACUAGUGAGAAUAAUGAUAGCACAAAUGUGGAUAGCAUGCAAAUGAGAGAACCCAGUGCUGGGGUGAUGGAAAAGUUGACUGUGGAUAGAAAUGCCAUUGUUCCUGAGAAACCGAUGGUGCAGAAUAAUCUUAACCAAUGUAACAAAAAAGAUAUGCCCCUUUCUGGAACAGAAAUUGAGAUGGACUCGUAUGGACAAGAAUCAUCUGACUCGAGUGAUGAAGAGUGGUCUGCAUUUAGCACACCACGGAAAGCAAGAUUGCAUGACAACGAAACGGCAUCACCUGCUGAGUCACUUCAUCCUGCAAAACGGUGUUCUAGAAGAGCACCAGCUAGGGGGCAGAAUAAUGAACAUACUCCUCAGAGCGAGCAGCGGCAUGGUUCUGCAAGUGAGCAGCAAACUGAUGUUCUUUGCUCCAAUAGCAGUGGUAGCAAAGUCUCCAAAUAUCAUUUUGGCCCUAUAGUUAAUCAGAAGCUGAAGGCACAUUUUGAAAAAGAUCCAUAUCCUAGUCGUUCAACAAAAGAGAGUCUGGCACAAGAGUUAGGACUGACAUUUAAUCAGGUCACUAAAUGGUUUUCUGCUAUCCGUCAUUAUUCAAGAGGUGCUGCUGCCAAGAACAAAAAACAUCCGGGAAAAAAUACUACCGUGAAUGAUAAUAGAACAACUUUUGAUGGCGUACAAAUAAGAGAAGGGUCGGUGGAAAAACCAUCUGCAGAUAUAAAUGACAUUAUUUCUGAAAAAUUGAUGGUCCAAAUUAAUCUCAAUGAAGGUAUAGAAGAAGAUAUACCACCCAGUCAAUAUGCCAGGUGUGAAGAGAGAGCGACUAUGACUCCCACUACCAUCUCAAGGGAAGUUGGCCCGCCGGGAUAUGGGCCUGGAGAAAACUUUCUUCAGAUCGGUUCAAGGAAUACUUGUGAGCAGAAUGUGAUAACGACUCCUACUCCAAUCUUAAGAGUUGACCCACCAGGAUAUGUGCGUGGAGAAAACCAGGGCAAUGGCGCUCCAUGGAAUUCGAGUUGUGAGCAAAAUAUGUUUAUGAGUUCUGCAACCAUCUCAAGAGAAGUUGGUCCUCCAGGAUAUGGACCUGAGCAAAAUCAAGGCAAUGGCAUUUCGUGGAGUAUGAGCUGCGAGCAAGGAGUGUCAAUGAGUUAUACAACCAUCUCAAGAGAAGCUGGUCCACCAGGAUAUGGCUCUGGAGAAAACCAGGGCAGUGGCACUUCAUGGAAUACAAGCUGUGAGCGGGGAAUGUUUACUAGUCCUGCCAUCAUCUCAAGAGAAGUCGGUCCGCCAGGAUAUGGGCCUGGAGAAAACCAGGGUAAUAGCACUUCACCUAAUACGAGCUGUGAGUUGAGAAUGUUUACAAGUCCUAUGGCCAUCUCCAGAGAGGUCAGCCUACCAGGGUGUGAACCUGGAGAAAACCAGAACAAUGGCACUUCAUGGAAUAUGAGCUACAAGAAGGGAGUGUUCAUGAGUCCUACAGCCUCAAGAGAAGUCGGUCCUCCAGGAUUUGGGCCUGGAGAAAACCAGAGCAGUGGCACUUCGUGGAAUAUGAGAUGCGAGCAGAGAAUGUAUAGGAGCCCUACGGCCAUCUCAACAGAAGUCGGACCACCAGGAUAUGGGGGAGAAAAUCAAGGCAAUGGUGGUUCUUGGAGUAUGAGUUACGAGCAUGGAGUGUUUGCGAGCCCUACAGCCAUCUCAAGAGAAGUCGGUCCUCCAGGAUAUGGGCCUGGAGAAAAUCAGGGCAAUACUACUACGUGGAUUACAAGCGGCAAGCAGAGAAUGUUUACUAGUCCUACGACUGUCUCCAGCGAAGGUGGCCUGCCAGGAUAUAGCAUCGUAGAAAACCAUGGAACUGGUGGUUCAAGGAAUAUAGACUUGGAGCAGAGAGUGGUUGCAACUCCUGCCACCAUCUCAAGAGAAGUCUUUCCACCAGGAUACGACUUGGAGCAGAGAGUGGUUGCAACUCCUGCCACCAUCUCAAAAGAAGUCUUUCCACCAGAAUACGGGCCUGGAGAAAACCAGGGCAGUGGUGCUUCAGGGAGUGUCAGAAUCCCAGAAGGUAGAUCUGCAGAGAAGUUUGGAUUUUCAGAUGAGGCUCGGAAGAAGGCCAUACAACGGGAGCUGAGGCGGCGGCAGAAGUUCAGGUGAUGCUCAUGAUGGGAACAAUCUGAUGCAGAACAACAAGUCUUGACACCGAAUCACUUAAAAACUGCAGGUCCGGUCUUGAUGGCUAAAUGAGUGACGACCUUUUAGUUGUAGAGAAGCAAAACCCUUGUUUUGAUGUUGUAGAAGUUCCGAAUGUUCCUUUUAGAGGCUUGCUUGGUUUCAUGGUUUGUAAAGAAUUUUCUUAUGAGACCUGAAGUAUCUAACGUGCUGUGAAUAUUGUGCGGUUUC